UUUUAUCUCUAAAAGUCAUUGGCACAAAUUCUCCAUUUCAAAUUCCUCGAUUUGUCUACUUAUUAAUCUCUCGAAAUCUUAACCCAAUCUUGAUUGAUCUCUUUCCAUCCACUGCUCUAACAACUACUCUAUUCUUCUACUCAAAUCAAUUUCUAGGCUGGACUUUUAUUUAACAAUGGGUUGCACCAAUUCAAAGCCAAAAGUAUGCCAAAAAUGCAACGCACACUAUUAUUCUCCAGUGCAUCGAAGCUACUCGAUGAACAAACGUAUUCCUAUCGAUAAAGAAGACUGUAGCAUCCACCUGGUCUCUCUCACUUCCUCAACACUAGGAUCUUUGAGACUUGAUCCACUGAAACAACAUAUCAAAGAUGAUGAAUUAUUGUUCAAAAAAGAUGAAGAGUUGGAAAUGGGGCUGAUUCAGACAAAGACAUGGUCUCAAAUGAUCAAUGAGAAAAUCCCAAAAGUGAUUCCUAAGACUACAAUUACAACUUCUCCUGGUGGUGAACCAGAGAGUGUCAAUGUUUGGGAAUUGAUGGAAGAUCUUGAAGAUAUUAAUCUUCUUGCAUCUCCUCAUCGUGUCUGUAGCUUUUCUUUCGAUGUCUUGGACAAUCCUUAUGAUCAGCUUACACCUCGACUGAAAUCAAACUGUAGAGUUGCUGAUCUUAAAUUGGUGCAACAGAAUAAAGACAAAGUGAUUUUAUACUUCACUAGCCUGAGAGGAGUGAGGAAAACGUAUGAGGAUUGUUGUCAUGUUCGGAUGAUUUUGAAGGGACUAGGUGUUAAGAUCGAUGAAAGAGAUGUAUCGAUGCAUGCAGGGUUUAAGAAGGAAUUGAAAGAGUUACUACCAGGGGAAGGAUACAUGCUGCCAAGGGUAUGUCUGGGGAGAAAAUACAUUGGUGGGGUUGAUGAAAUAUGCAGAAUGGACGAAAACGGACAGCUUGAGAAGGUAGUAGAAAGCUGUCAAAGGGUAGAAAAUGGAGUUUGUGAGAGCUGUGGAGAUGUUAGGUUUGUGCCAUGUGAGACAUGCUAUGGAAGUUGUAAAAUAUACUAUGAAGCAGAGUAUGAUGAAGAAGAUGAGUGUGGUUUCCAACGAUGCCCAGAUUGCAACGAAAAUGGGCUUAUACAAUGUCCGAUUUGUUGUGACUAACAUUCAUCUGGUUUUAUGGUGCUAUCUAUUUAAAAGGACAAAGAUGAGCAAAGUUCAAGCCUAAGCUGAUGGGUAGGAGCGGUUCUAAGGCGAGUUUUACAGGUUCAACUGAAGCAUUAUUUUCAGCUCAAACUAUGUAUACUUAUGCAGAACAAUUCUA